AACAGAUAGAUGACGGAAAAAGUAAUAAAGAUAAAUUACGCUCAACCCUUAUUCUCCGACAAUAUUUUACAUGUUUAUCUUGUCUUCAUGUAUAUCCUAAUUCUUAUGUUGCAUGUACAUACACUCACAUCUCAAACUUACAAUACUGUUGUUAGAAGUAGCGCUAACCAUCGUGACCGAAGCCGGAAGGUCUCACAAAACACCAAGACAAAAAGACAAGACACACCGUAACCAGCAACACACUAACACAGCACAAGUAAGAAUAUUCCAUACAGCAAGAAAACAAAAAAAGGUACUAAUCCAAGUCCAGCACAACAAGCAUCUCAUUCCACAGUAAUGGCACAUUAGCCCCAAAGCAGGACAGGACUAAAACAUGUCGGCAGUGCUCCAUACAUCUGCAUGUACAACACAUCUCUUCAAACUCCACUGCGGGAAGGGGGAAAAAAAGAGGGCAAAGAAAACUUACACCAACCAAAAUUCAACAACAUCCCAUCCCGCCUUUUUACCCUUUUUGCCUUGUCAAGGCCUUGGCUUGCUUUGUCCUUGCGGUGCAGUCUGUACUGUAAUUAUCAUAAACUGCAACUACAACUUUGAAGCACAUCCAUUAAACCAUUACAUUUACCACUCAGUCCAAAGCGAGAUCUUCCAUCUGAUCUUACUUUAUAGCAAAACUGCUAGUAAUAUCUCGACUCCCAUCAACCGGCCUCCUCCGCUCCAUCAGGUCCAAAUCCCCACUCUGGGCAUCCACGUACCCGUACCCGUACAGUCAUCAACGUCAAAUGUAUGUUCGGGGCAUUCCAUUCCCACGCCAAGUACGAGUACAGUAGGUACGAAUUACUCUCAUGCACGCAUUCACCCAUCUUGUUCACUCUGGGUUAAACAAUCUUCAACGGGAAUAAAGAAAAAGCGGCUCUUGUACACCGUGUUCAUGGCAGACCGCCUCGGCUGCCAGGGAUGUUCGAUGCAGGAGUUUUUGCCUAUCAGGUCAUGGACCCUUGCAACUACAACGUCGGUGUAGGUGCAUGGAGAGCCCCAGUUCACCGCGGCAACCACGAGUAAAGGCAACAAAGCCAUACUGCACUGUACUGUGCAAUAAUGAGUAGUCAGCACACGGAAAUGCAUCACACAAAUCAUCA